ACGGCAGCCACUCAGGCCGCGGCCCCCGGCCCCCGGCUUUAUCAGCGGCGGCAGCGAGAUUCACCCAGAAUAUUUGCGGCGACCACGCCGGGAUUCCGCCAGAGGAUUAGCCGUCCGUCCGUCAGCAGCAGCGGCAAGGGCAUGGCGGCCAUCGUGGCGGCGCGGGCGUCCGCGCCCGGCGGGGCGGCCGUGAGCACCAUCGCGGCGUUCCACAGCCACGCGUCCCCGUCCCGCGCGCUCCCGCGCGCCGUGGCCGCCGCCUCCUCCUCCUCCAUCGGCGCCACCAGGCGGUUCCACCACGGCCCUGCGUGCUGCUUCGCCGCCAAGCCCACCACGCCCGUGGCGGCCGAGCUCGUGGACGAGGAUGGAUCCGAGCCGGCGACGGCCAGCGCCGCCUCCACGCAGGAGGCCGCGAAGCCGCGCAAGAAACGCCGGUCCCGGAAGGCUAAGAAGUCCGCCACCGCCGAGCUCGAAGAGAAGGACGAGGGGACGGACAAGCCUGCGGCGCCGGCAGCGCCGGCAGAAGGCGAGGCUAAGAAGAGGAAGAAGGAGGCCGGCGCCGAGGAGAAUGCCCGGGCGUUGGUGGCUGGCCUCGACGACGUGAUCGUCAACCCGGUGGGGCUGGGGCGGCGGUCGCGGCAGGUGUUCGACGAGGUGUGGCGCAAAUUCUCGCGGCUCGGGCAGAUUUCCAGCGCCUCGUCCACGGCGCUGGCGGAGGAGGAGCAGGCCGUGCUCAUCCGCGGCGGGCCCAUGUGCGAGUUCACCGUGCCGGGGGCGCAGGAUACCACCGUCCUCGUCGUCGGCGCCACCAGCCGCAUCGGGCGCAUCGUCGUGCGCAAGCUCAUGCUCCGAGGAUACAAUGUCAAGGCUUUAGUAAGAAGAAAUGAUCCCGAAGUGAUAGAUAUGCUCCCAAGGUCCGUGAACAUUGUUGUUGGUGAUGUUGGUGAUCCUGCAACUGUCAAAGCAGCUGUAUCAGGCUGCAGCAAGAUAAUCUAUUGUGCAACUGCACGCUCAACUAUUACAGGAGACCUAAAUAGGGUUGAUAACCAAGGAGUAAGGAAUGCUAGCAAGGCUUUCCAGGACUACUACAACGAAUUGGCCCAGCUCAGGGCUGGUAAAAGCAGCAAGAGCAAACUACGUAUAGCAAAAUUCAAGUCAGGAAAGUCCUUGAAUGGUUGGGAGGUGCGCCAGGGAUCUUACUUCCCUAAUACCUUCGCUUCUAGUUUUGAUGAAGGUAUCGAUGCAGCAUUUGAAUUUUCAGAAGACCGGAAGGCCAUUUUCUCAGGAUUUGUUUUCAUGAGAGGUGGAUACGUUGAGAUAUCAAAAAGGCUCUCUCUUCCUCUAGGUUCCACCCUAGACAGGUACGAUGGUUUACUUUUUUCUGUGGGAGGAAAUGGAAGAUCAUAUGUUGUUAUUCUUGAGACUGGUCCACUGGCAGACACGUCCCAGAGCAAGAAAUAUUUUGCUCGGAUGACUACAAAAAUAGGCUUUUGCAGGGUAAGAGUGCCAUUUUCAUCUUUUCGGCCCGUAAACCCACAAGAUCCUCCCCUGGACCCUUUUCUUGUGCAUACACUGACCAUUAGGUUUGAACCAAAAAGGCAGAGACCUGGUGAUGGAUCUCAAAAUGCAAGUGACCCCCGAAACUUUGAGCUAAUAUUGGAAUACAUCAAAGCCUUACCUACCGGACAAGAAACAGACUUCAUAUUGGUGUCAUGUGCAGGUUCAGGAAUUGAACCUAACAGAAGAGAACAAGUUCUGAAAGCCAAGAAGGCUGGAGAAGAUGCACUGAGGAGGUCAGGCCUUGGAUAUACAAUUGUGCGCCCGGGCCCGCUGCAGGAAGAACCUGGUGGUCAGCGUGCAUUGAUCUUUGAUCAAGGGAAUAGAAUCUCUCAGGGUAUUAGCUGUGCUGAUGUAGCAGAUAUUUGUGUCAAAGCAUUGCAUGAUUCCACUGCAAGAAACAAAAGUUUUGAUGUAUGUUAUGAGUACGUUGCUGACCAAGGGAACGAGCUAUAUGAACUUGUGGCUCAUCUGCCAGACAAGGCUAACAACUAUCUUACACCUGCAUUAUCUGUUCUAGAGAAGAACACCUGAUUGAUGUUCUCCGAGACUCAGAUAUGUGUGAUUAUAUGGGUCAUGUAAUGAGUAUAUUUUCUCCUCUUGUAAAGCCAUACGUUUUUCUUUUGUAUACAAGCCUUGUGGAAUUCACAUGGUAGGCCGUUUCGGCACUUUUUGUAAAGAUCGUCGCGCAGAUCGACUUCAGGAAACCAAUAUGAUGACUUGUUGUAAUUAUAUAAGUUCUCAUUUCCUCCUCUU